AUGCCGACAUUUGGGAAUAAAUUUAAUAUAUACGAGAAAAGGGAAAAGGAUCAGUUCGACUUUUCUAAAGCAUCAAUGGCAGCAACAGCCGCGAAUCUUUUGAUUUCAAAGGAUUUUAAAAGUAGUUCAUAUCUUGAUCGUUUAUUACCAAAGCAUAGAAACGUCAAUAGAGCGUUAAGUUUCACACCAACCAGUUCAUCAAUUUUAGCUCCAAUGAAGAGAUUGAACAAAACAUUCGAAACUUCAUCGGAAUCGGGUGAACGAAAUCGAAGGCCACGAAAUGAAUUGUAUAGGUUGCAAAAGCAAUCCUAUGAAAAUGCCAAGAAAUACAUUGCAUCCGAAGUGGAAUAUAUUCUCAAAGAUCCUUCAAUUGUUGUCGUUAGCGAUUGGCUCAAGGUGCGAGGAACAUUACGGGAUUGGACUAAGCUGUGGGCAGUUUUAAAACCAGGCUACAUGUUACUCUAUCGUAGUCCUGUAUCUAUGGAUGGUGUUUGGGUUGGCACUAUUGUUCUCUCAUCGUGUGAAGUUAUUCAACGACCUUCGAAGAAAACAGGAUUUUGUUUUAAAAUUUGGCAUCCACUAGAAAAAUCUAUCUGGACGCAGAAAGGUCCUAAAAAUGAGCAAUUUGGUGCCCUGACAUUUCCUCUACCAAUCAAUUACUUAAUUUGUCGAGCAGCAGAUGAAGCAACGGGAUAUUGCUGGAUGGAUGGACUUGAAUUAACAAUGAAAUGUUCAAAAUUAUUGAAAAAGCCAUUUCUAACGUAUGAUGUUCCCACCACGUCAACCACGAGCAAUUCUUCAAUUUUGUCCAAUGAAGACAGCAUACUUUCAAACAACAACUCCUCCACAAAUGAUAUUAAUCUGUCUCGCACGAAUCUUCUGGCAGAUGAUGAUCGAAUGAGUGACACCAGUGCUGAUCUAAGCAAAACUUCUAGAAGUGGCACCACGCAAUCGGAAAUCUCGCAAGAUCGACCCAAUCCUCCCGAGGAAGAGAAAGCUAUAACGCCAUAUAUUCUUGCGCCUCCAGAGGAAAUGGGCGAACUUGGCAAUGCCGCCCAAACAGAAGAUGUAGCCGAAGAAAACAAAUCACUAAUAGUGCAUUUACUAAAACAAGUUCGACCAGGCAUGGAUUUGUCGAAAGUAGUUCUCCCAACAUUCAUACUAGAGACCAGAUCAUUUCUGGAAAAGCUUUCUGAUUAUUAUCACCACUGCGACAUUCUUGAAGAAACAGUCAAUUCAUCUGAUGCAUUAGAACGAAUGAAAACAGUUGUAAAAUUUUACCUCUCAGGAUUUUAUAAGAAGCCAAAGGGUCUGAAAAAACCCUACAAUCCUGUUCUAGGCGAAGUAUAUCGCUGUUAUUUUUAUCAUACAAAAAGUGAUAGUAAAACAUUUUAUAUCGCAGAACAGAUCUCUCAUCAUCCACCAAUUACAAGUUUUUAUGUAUCAAAUCGAAAAGAAGGAUUCUGUAUUCAAGGAAAUAUCUUAACAAGAUCCAAAUUCUAUGGCAAUAGCUUACAAGCAAUAUUGGAUGGGUCAGCUCGAUUGACUCUACUGAAUCGUGGAGAAGAUUAUGUCAUUACUAUGCCGUAUGCGAACUGUAAAGGUAUUCUUAUCGGAAGGUUGACUAUGGAAUUAGGUGGCAAAGUAACAAUCACUUGUGAGAAAACUCGUUAUUCAGCUGAUAUUGAAUUCAAAUUAAAACCAUUUAUCGGUGGCCAAGAACUAACUAACCUGAUUGAAGGAAAAAUUCGUCUGGAAGAUGAUGUUCUCUACACUUUUUCUGGUCAUUGGGACGAUGAAAUUACCUUGAUCGAUAAAACCACACACAUGAAAAGUGUCUUGUGGAAAGUCACACCAUCUGUGAUCAAUUCUCGAUUGAAACGAUAUGUCGUACCGAUCGAACAACAGCAAGAGAAUGAAUCCGAAAGAUUAUGGCAACGUGUAACAUCAGCAAUCCGACAAAAUGAUCAAGUUCUAGCUACCGAAGAAAAAACGAUCAUUGAAAAUGAACAACGUAAACUGGUUAAAGAACGCAAGAUAACGGGAAUUGAAUGGCAUCCUUGUUUGUUCUCAAUGGAUCAAAAUACCAGACAAUGGACAUACAAUCAUCUAGACAUUCAUCCAUGGGAUUCACAUAAUGAUAUCUCGACUUACGAAACAAAUUUUAUGAUCUGCACGCAUACAUGCCACCAUCAUGAUCCAAUGAUUGUUCAUGAACGUACAGUAUCGUUUCACAAUACUCACAAUGAAUCAAUUCUAAUCGAUCGGAAAACAUCAUUUAGUGAAGAUAUAACAUCGAUAUUGAAAAGUAUCGAAACAAAUCUCAUGCGUACAAGUGAACGAAUUGACUUUCAUGAGCGACAAAUUUGUCAAUUACAAACACAACAAUCAAUACGUUAUCCUUCGUUUUACCUCAUUCAUUUUCUUCUUAUUAUUUUUGUUGCACUGAUUUUAAAAUAUUUAUUUCGUUAA